CAGGCUUUCCUUCUCCCAGGAAUUUCACGUAACAGCUAAUCACACUGUCCAAUCACCAGGCAUUUCUGAAGCAUCAAAUGAUACUAAUUGCAUCAUGGAUGAAAACUCAUUUUCCAAUGUGUUAACAACGUCCUACUCUAUCAUUUUCAUUGUGGGGCUGGUUGGUAACGUAAUCGCCCUCUAUGUAUUUCUGUGUAUCCACCGCAAAAGAAAUUCGAUUCAGAUUUACCUACUUAACGUAGCCAUUGCAGACCUCUUACUUAUAUUCUGCCUUCCCUUCCGAAUAAUGCAUCACAUCAACCAAAACAAGUGGACACUCGGUAUUAUUCUUUGCAAGGCUGUGGGAAUACUCUUCUAUAUGAACAUGUACAUUAGCAUUGUUUUGCUUGGAUUAAUCAGUUUGGAUCGCUAUAUAAAAAUUAAUCGUUCUAUACAACAACGGAAAGCAACAGCAAAGAAACAAAGUAUUAUUGUUUGCUGUGCAGUCUGGACAACUGCUCUGACUGGAUUUUUAGCGAUGACGGUUUCAGCACUCAAGAAAGAAGAGCAGAGUCCCACAAUGUGUUUUCAUUAUAGACAUAAGCUUAAUAAUAUAGCAGAAGCAAUUAUUAACCUAAUUUUUGUAGUAGUCUUCUGGCUAAUUUUCCUCCUAAUAAUCCUUUCAUAUUUAAAAAUUAGCAGGAAUCUACUGAAGAUUUCUAAAAGGAGGUCAAAAUUUCCUAAUUCAAGUAAAUAUGCCACUAUAGCCCGGAAUUCCCUUAUUGUACUUAUCAUUUUUGCUGUAUGUUUUGUCCCUUAUCAUGUUUUUCGAGUUUUCUAUAUUUUGUCACAGCUGAAGGAAAAACAGCCUUGCAGUUGGAAAAAAUUUUUUCACAAAACUAAUGAGAUCAUGCUGGUUCUCUCAGCUUUAAAUAGCUGUUUCGAUCCUGUCAUGUAUUUCCUGAUGUCCAGUAACAUCCGCAAAAUAAUGUGCAAAAUCCUUUCUAGGCGAUUUCAGGGUGAAGCAAGCAGGAGUGAAAGCACUUCUGAAUAUAAGCCAGGCUACACCUUGCAUGAUACAUCUGCCUCAAAUAAAAUUCAGUAUACUUCUUAAAGCACUUGAGGUGAACAUAUUGAAGCAAAUGAUAAAAAAUACAACCUCUUAAUUCCUUGAAGAACUAAAAGUUAUAAAAGACAGCUCUAGAAUUUACCAUCUGGUCAUUUCAAAGCUCUUUGCUUAUUUGUGAUAUGUCAUUUCCUUAAUUGUGAAAUAUUUGCAAAGCUUACAUUCAUCAUUAUAGAUUUUUUGAUCCAUUCUAAAUUCAUUGUUAAGCUAAUCUCUUAACAGAAUAAGUAAAGAAAAUGUCAUAGUUUCUCUAGUCACAAUAAGGUCUAGCAUCUUAUUCUAACUUAAAGUGUCUUUAAAAGUAAAUU